AUGUUCAAAUGGCUGACCUCUGACCGCGACAAGGGGACCCGAGCCUUUGCAUCGGUGGCGGAUGGUCUGCAGGCGUUGUACAAAGAGAAAUUGUUGCCCAUCGAGAAGGAUUUCAGCUUUCAUCACUUCUUCUCGCCGGAGCUCACAGAUGCAGACUUCUCAGCCCGUCCCAUGGUCAUGUUGGUCGGCCAAUACUCGACCGGGAAAUCGACCUUCAUCCGCCAUCUCUUGGGUCGAGACUACCCAGGCUUGCGCAUCGGUCCAGAGCCCACCACCGACAAGUUCGUGGCGGUGUGCAAGGGCGAGAUGGAUCAAGUGAUCCCGGGCAAUGCGCUGGUGGUGGAUAAGUCCAUGCCCUUUACUCAGCUCAGUCACUUUGGCAACAACUUCCUCACCCGCUUUGAGUGUUCCAAGCUGGACAGCCCCGUGCUGAAUGGCAUGUCCUUGAUCGACUCUCCAGGCGUCUUGUCUGGGGAAAAGCAGCGGAUCAAGCGCGGCUACGAAUUCGAAGAAGUUGUGAAGUGGUUUGCAGACAGGGUUGAUAUGAUCCUGGUCUUGUUUGAUGUGUCAAAGCUAGAUAUUUCAGAUGAAUUCCGACGUGUGCUUCUUGCGUUGAAGGGGAACGAUCAAAAGAUUCACAUUGUCUUGAACAAGGCUGACAGGGUUACGACGCCGCAGCUCAUGCGUGUCUAUGGAGCCCUCAUGUGGUCUUUGGGAAAGGUGAUCGACACUCCUGAAGUUUCUCGGGUGUACAUUGGCUCUUUCUGGGAUGAGCCACUUCAAAACGAUGAGCAAAGAAAGCUAUUUGAAUCAGAAGAGAAUGACCUCUACACAGCACUUGCACAAAUGCCACGGAGUGCUGCCACAAGAAAGCUGAAUGAUCUCAUCAAGAGAGCUAGACUUGCGAGGGUCCUCGCUUUCCUUUUGAAUCACCUCAGGAACAAGAUGCCAUCCUUCAUGGGGAAGAGCAAGGAGCAGAAGAAGCUCAUAGACAACCUGCCGAACGUCUAUGGGGAGAUCGCCAAGGAGAAAUCCUUGGCCAUGGGCGACUUCCCAGACCCGCAACUGAUGAGAGAGAAGCUGGAGAAGAUGGAUUUCACCAAGUUCCCCAAGUUGGAUAAGAAGAAGAUGGAUGCUCUGGAGAAGAUGAUCCAUGAAGAGCUUCCGCAACUUUUGAAGCUCACCACCGAGGAGGCCGCCUCCUCCCAGGCGGCCUCCAUGUCGCAGCUGACCGCUGGUGCCUCGCCCUUUGCCGUCAUGAAGGUGGAUGGCAAAAGCGAACGGACAGUGUACCAGGAUCAAUGGCUGCAGCCCCCAAAUGUCGACGAAUACUUGAAAGAGUUCGAGGAGAUUGGCCCCAAUAGCGCAGGCAAAAUCUCUGGAUCCCAGGCGAAAGUCGUUCUGGAGCAGAGUAAGCUACCUUCAAAGGUGCUUCAUGCGAUUUGGAACUUAUCCGAUGUAGACAAGGAUGGCGCUCUGACUCAGGCGGAGUUUGCACUGGCCAAACAUUUCAUUAAGAUGAAGCUGGAGGGACAAGAUCUUCCGCCUACCUUGCCUCCGCAAAUGGUCCCUCCGCCUGAAAACCGGGCCUGA